AUGUCGCAAAUAUAUAUCGCCGAGUCUCCUGUACAGUCUACUCUACAAUCUCCGCCGUCUCUCCAGCAGGAAAACACCGCUUUCCCACCGGGGGAAGUCGAGUUACCAUCCAGCCCGACGCCCCUUCCCACUUCGCCUUCCACUGCUACGUCCAGGACCACCCGGACUGUCGCAAUCAUCAAGCACCACGCUCUUGAACAUCGCUUUGACAUAGAGCAGCGAAUUUCGGAGGCGGGGUUCGAGAUCGUCAAAGAGCGUCAAAUGGAGUUCGAUGUAGAGACAGAUCCGGAGACGCUCUUUGAGCUGUUCGGAGCGGACUACGAGUCGUUCGGCGAAGGUCCCGUGUGGGUAUACGUCCUGGAGCGGCGACGAGCUGUCGAAGUUUGGGCGACCCUCAUGGGCAACGCCGACCCCGCCAUCGCGUGCAAGCAAACUCCGCACUCUCUGCGUGCCCUCUACGGCUCGAACGCCAAGCAUAAUGCGGUCAUGGGCUCCCCCGACGUACCCACCGCCGAAAUGCAGAUCAUGGCCGUCUUCGCGUCGUCUCCGCCUUUCCCGCCGACGGAUCUCCCAGAUACAAGUUUCAACUCGGACACGAUGAGGUCCCCCUCUUCCUCCAUCCUCUCAUCGCUCCGCAAGACCACCUCGAGCGACGGCGACCCCGCCUCGUCCGUGACCAGCCCAUCAACAGCAGGCGGGAGCAAGACCGGCAAGUCGCCCUUCAAGGCGCGCCCCCUCCCUCCGUCCCACACGACGCCCACAAUCGUCCCGCGCAUGUCCCGUGCGGCCUCCCUGCGCGCAGGCCUGCCGGUAGAGAAGACCCCGACAGUACACAUGCCGCCGAGCAAGGAGCGCCUCGCUCAGACGUUCGAGAACGUGCCGGGACACAAGCGCCGCGAGACCAUCACCGUCGCGAGCACGGCGCCGCCCGCGAUCGCGCCCCGUAUGACGCGUGCGGCGUCCCUUCGGCUUGGAAUCACGCCCCCGGAGAAGACACGGAAGAGCUUGCCUGCGUACAUCGGCAACGGCGGCGACGGGCAAGGGGAGAAGAAGGACCCCUUUGAGGGCGUGCCAGGGCAUAAGCGGCGGGAAUCAAUCCCUGUGGCGAGUACGAAGCCACCGACCAUGUCGCCGAGGACGAAUCGGAGUGCGACGCUGCGCCAGAUGAAGGAGUCGGCUCCUCCACCGUCGUCGUUUACGCUCCGGACACGCUCCGAGCAGCCCCCGUCUCGGUCACAGUCUCGCAAUUCCUUGGACCAGUCCACAGCCCGUUCUACCGUCACGCGCCCCGCCUCCGCCGCUUCGGCGCAGUCUCCCGCCUCCCGACCUACACCAUCGCGCGCGGCAUCACGGACUUCUGCCACAGCAGCUACGUCGCGCAAGUCCACGUCCGAGUCGCGAGCCUCCGUCUCUGCAAAGCCUGCUGCAGCAGACAGUGCCUCCGCUCAGAGAUCGAAGGUGGUCGGAACCACGGAUGGAGCUGCAGAGCCCGCCGCUGCAAAGCCGAAAGCACGCGUGAGCAGCACGCAGGCGCCUACCAUCGUACCGCGCACGAACAAGAGCGCUGCGCUGCGCGCGGCAAAGAUGGCCUCGGCCUCUGCGACUGCCACGGCGGUGCCCUCUGUUGCGAAGGCGAAGCCCGCACAUGCUCCGCGGGCCAUCAGAGCGUGA